GCAGUUUGUAAACAAUCAUGGCAGACGACGUAGGUCCGUUCGAGCCUUCUCGGACGACUUUGAUAGCGUCUACAGAACCUAGUCAAUCGAUUUUCCAAACAGUGUUGCAUUUGGUUGAAGACAAUACUCAACAUUUCAAAAAUGAUGACUCCGAGUACGGUCAACGGUUGUACAGUGGAUUUCUCGUCCUUAAAGAAAACAUGGAUCGCGUUAUGUCGAUGUCGGAGAGGGUGAGAAAGGAAGUCCACCAGUUCGACUUUGACAAAGACAACCCAGGGAAUGGCUUUAGAAGUUUCAAUAAUAUUGUUGAUCAGGCAAUCGUGAGUGUGUUUGAGCUGUGCAAACAGGUUUCCACAAGUAGAGGCUCAUUACUCUUCCGGAAAGGACACUUCGUCAGGGAAGUUGAGGCAUGGAGUCAAACUAUGGUGUCCCUCGUCACACUGCUAGAAUAUAUUGAUACUGUCCUCUUACCUCGAUGUGAAGAUGGUAGCCUCCUGGCAGAUUUCAGCAGCUCUCCCAAUGAACUUAUGGAGAUGCUUAACACGAUCCCCCAGUAUUCCUUUUAUGGACGUUGCUUAGGAUUUCAUUACUAUCCAUCCCUACGAAAGACCUUGAAGUAUCUCAACAUUUGCCUUAGUGCAUUCAGUGAGAUAUACUAUGCAGAUGGUGGUAGCUUCGUUCAACGUACCAAAAAUACUGUUAUGUCAAGCAGUAAAUAUGUUGUGGAUGCAGAAUUACGAUCUCGAAGGAUUGUGGAUGUGGUUCAGUACUCAUCUGUUGACUUCAUAAAGACAUUUUGGUCUGUUGCUGAAACUGAUAUCAUGACACAGCUUCCAGGAAUUGUUGGUCCUGCUUUAGCUGUAACACAAGUAGUGAUUGUACCCUGUGAAGAACAACAGGUUGUUAAGAUGGAUGGUACUGCAACAGUUGUUAUACCAGCACCCCACUCACAUUUUGAAGCUCGUCCCAUAACUUGCUAUCUGCUGUCAGCUCAGUUACGGGAAGGAAUGGUAGGCUUAAAGCCUGGCGAGAAAGAGAGUAAAGGUGUGACUAUACAUCCCCCCUCUGAUUAUCUUCUCAUUCAUUGCCAUGGGGGAGGCUUUGUUACACAGUCAACGAAAUCCCAAGAGGUUUUCUUGAGGGAAUGGGCAGUAAGCACAGGUGUGCCAAUGCUAUCCAUAGAUUACUCUCUUGCACCGGAGGCCAGAUAUCCUAGACCUUUAGAAGAAGUCUUAACUGCAUAUUGUUGGGUUCUGAAUAAUUUUAAAGUUUUGGGAACUACUGGAAAAAAGAUAGUCCUGACAGGUGACAGUGCUGGAGGAAAUCUUAUAACUGGGCUCACUGUCAAGUGCAUUGAGCUUGGAAUUCGUCGUGCAGAUGGGCUUUUCCUUGCAUAUACACCAUUUUUGUUUGAUCUCAUUCCAUCUCCAGCAAGGCUUUUAGCUGUUAUGGAUCCAAUGCUUCCCUUGGGUUUUGCCCUCAGAUGUUUAAAAGCUUAUGCUGGCCUCCCAAGUGAAGAGAGCUCUCUUGCAACUACACCAGGGGAUGCUACUUUUCCUGUAUCAAGUGGGGAAACUUCCAAAGCUCCAGCAAUAUCAGAACCCAUGGAUGUAACAACAAGUGAUGUUCCAGCAACAUUAGAUAUCAACAGAAAGAAUGUCCAUGAUAGCCAAAGUGACACCGAAUCAUUUGUUGAGGUCUCGGAGAGUGACGUCAAAGAAGCAGAGGCAUUAGUUAAGAGUCCUUCCUUCAUUUCUGAGCCUGGGUCUGAUACCUUAACUACAGUAUCACUUACUUCAGAAGCAUCCAAAUUAGAAGAUUCGUCCGCUAAGAAGGGAAGUGGAAGUAACAGUCAAAAGUCGGAGGAAAAAGAAGAGCGUUCUCGUAGAUAUGUAACUGAAUUUCUUGAAAAAUAUGUUUUAGAUUCCCGAACCGAUAAACAGGGCCGCAAGGUACCCAUUCUUCGUACUGGAAGUGAAGAGAGUGAGCAGGAGGAUGAGACAGUACUGUUUGAAGCUCCAAGUGUGAGUGCAGGAAUAACAGCAAAGUUAGGAAAAGCUAAAGAUGCAGUUGUUAGUGGUAUAUCUGCUGGUCUCACAUCAAUUGGAUUUAAAAGAAAGGAAAUUGAUGCAUCACCAACAUCCCCAACUCAACCAGAACCUGAACAGCUAGUUAGAAAAAGGCCAUCGAUGGCUGAGAUUUUCUUGUCCCCAUCUAACAUGCGAAGAGGAAGUCGUUGCAGUCUCAGUGAAGAAUUUACUGGUGUGAAGCUGAUUAAUGAUCAUUAUCUUAGCCCUCUUAACGCUCCCAAGGAAGUCCUUGCAAAGUUCCCUCCAUGUGCUCUUUUGGUUGGUACAUUUCACUUUAUGCAGUAAAAACUUAUGUAUGUAAUAAAUUAAGUUAUAUGUUUCAUGCUUCUAGACACCGAAGAUGCAAUUUUUUUUCCAGAAUUGAAUUUAAAAGAUUUACUGUGCAUCCAAGUGGCCAAAAGUCGUUUUACAUAGGUCUUUCCUAAUCCUAGAGAAAGGUUAACUUUUCAUGACAGUGAUCAGAAUUUUUGUAAGUACAUACAGUGGUACUUCGAGAUACGAAAGGCUCAACUUACGAAAAACUCGAGAUAC